AUGUCUGACAGGCCGGCCUAUCUCAGCUCCGAUGAUGCCAAAUACUCCCUGGGUAUUCAUCGGGGUCCUUUGUUCUCCAAGGAUGUCGAAGGCUCCAAAUUAGCCCAGGUCGAGUCGGCCGGUCAUUCAUUAGCCGCGAGAGAAUUGAACAGGAAAGAGAAGUUUGCACGCCAUUGGAAACGAUUCUGGUGUCUGCAUCUCUUUGUGACCAUCAUCUUCCUGGCCAUUUUCUUACCAGUCUUCUUCCUCGUUGCCAUUCCGGCAAUUUCUCAAAUGGUCGUCAACAAGUCCGACCUGGUCCUCGUCAAUGCCGCGGUUUUGAACCCGCGACCCGAUCGCAUUCAAUUGACGUUGCAGUCGGCACUGGACCUGAAGAUCGCGCUGCCUGUACGCAUCGAGCCAAUCACGUUGGAUCUAUUUGUGCGCGACGCAGGCGCCGAGAACAAAUGGGCGUCAGCCGACUUGGCUGGGAUGGUAGUCAAGGGGAAUACCACGCUGGGAGUGAGUGAUGUCUCAACGCCGUUGACCAACUUGACGACCUGGGUGGAAUAUGUGCACAAUGUGGUGUUCAAGGAGACGACGCCAUUGUCCAUCAAGGGGACCACCAAUUCGUAUUUGGGGGUGCUCAAGUCGCCGGUGACGAUGGAUAAGGAUGUGUACUCUCCCGUGUUGAACCAAUUCAAAGGCUUCAGUAUCUCCGACAGUGGUCUCAUCCCAGCUCGCGAAGAUGGCACCAACCUCGUUGGCAAUGCCACUCUUCCCAACAAAUCAGUCCUGACUCUCGACAUCGGCACAAUCGUCCUAGACGUCCACAGCGGAGAUCUAUUAAUCGGCAAUGCGACGUUGAAAGACGUCACCAUCUACCCAGGCGACAACACCUUUCCCUUAACGGGCGUGCUAGAUCUGGGCCUAAUAAUCAAGAAUCUAGGCAAGGUGCUCGCCUCCCAAGCCUCGGCUCUAAAAUCAGGCAACCUGGCGCUGGACACGAUAUCACGAACCGUGACAUGGAACGGGACCCUGGUGCCCUACUACACAGAUGUGAUGAAGCAAUUGACCCUCACAGCCAAUGUGGCAAUUGCCGAUCUACUCAAGAAUACCAUUCACAACUUCCUGAACAGCGACUCGAGUAUGUCAAGCUUGAUCGAUUCGCUAGGCAUUGGCAACGGAAGCAGCAGCGGCCUCCUGUCAAAUCUGACCGAUAGCGAAAGUGCCAGCGAUACAGCCAGCGCUGCUCUCGCUGAAUCUUCAUCGCUUUCAUCCAAGUUGAAGAGGAAUGUGGCUGUACGGGAAGCCUUCAAGAACGAACAUCCCAUCCAGCGGGAUGCAAUUAUUGACUCGCUGGCUGGUAUUUAUGUGAAACAUCAGAAAUGA